UUGGCUACACAAUGAACGACCUGAUCUUUGAGUGGCAGGAGAACGGACCAGUCCAGAUAGCUGAUGGGUUGACCCUCCCACAGUUCAUAAUGAAAGAUGAGACGGAUCUGAGAUACUGCACCAAGCACUAUAACACAGGGAAGUUCACAUGCAUCGAGGUGCGUUUCCACCUGGAGAGACAGAUGGGUUACUAUCUGAUCCAGAUGUACAUCCCCUCUCUCCUCAUCGUCAUACUCUCCUGGGUCUCCUUCUGGAUCAAUAUGGACGCCGCGCCCGCUAGGGUGGCACUGGGCAUCACCACUGUGCUCACCAUGACCACCCAGAGCUCCGGUUCUAGAACGUCUCUACCUAAGGUAUCCUAUGUGAAGGCCAUCGACAUCUGGAUGGCGGUGUGUCUGCUCUUCGUAUUCUCCGCUCUUCUCGAGUACGCCGCUGUCAACUUUGUCUCCAGGCAACACAAGGAACUCUUAAGACUCCGCCCGCGGAGAACGAAGAAGAAGGACGACGACGUGAGGGAGAGCCGCCUCAGCUUCACCGCCACGGCCGGCGGUGGCAGCACGGCGGUCAAGGACGGCACCAUCCCCAAGGCCACCAACAACGCCGCCACCACCCCGGGCGCCGCAGGGCCGCAGACCGCCCAGCAGCCCAAGAAGGACCCGGCCGUCAAGAGCCACGAGGAGAUGAGAAAGCUGUUCAUCGACCGCGCCAAGAAGAUCGACACGGUGUCGCGGGCGGGUUUCCCCCUGGCCUUCCUGUUUUUUAACAUUUUCUACUGGGUCCUGUACAAGAUUCUCCGGGCCGAGGACGUGCACAAGGACUAGUACAGAACACUACAGUACAGUAGGGUACAUUACAGCACAGUACAAUGACACAAGGGGAAAGAAGACCCCGGUCCUUCCUUACAAUGUGGGAACUGUUUGACAUGAACAUUUGGCAGUUCACCAACCACCUGGGGUUCCAAAACAAAGUCCUGCCAAGAUUUCUUAAAAGAGGAUUAAAGAGAUGACUUACACUCGAGGGGAUGAACUGAGGAGUUACAUGUACAGAGCAGAGUGAUAUCCAUAUCACCCACCAACACCAAGAGAGGACAGACACGCUGCUCACUAUGCAACUGGAGACCAGUUUGGAGUAUCGGACGAGUCCCACUUCCCCACCCCACACAAUGUGCAGUCAAAACAGGAGCAUUGCUUUUAUUCACCUCUGCAAACCAUCUGUCACGAAUACACACACACACACACACACACACACACACACACACACACACACACACACAUACAGGACCUCCCAAACACUGUACCCACACUUGUGUCUUACAGCUUUACUGCCAAUGUUCUAAGUACUGUUUCAUACAACACUGGUAAACAAGGAAAAACCUCCAGUACACUCAAGUCCUUUGUAGAUUUUCCACCAGACCUUGAUUAUAGUAUAUCUUUAUUAUAAUUAUCAGAUAUUUGUUAUAAUUCUCAGAUAUAAAAAGCUGCCACUUUGACACAUUUCCAAGCUCACUAGUGUGGGUUAAAUGUCCCGUUCCCUACUGCUACGUAAUUAACCUCUUUGUGACUUUGAUGAGUGAUUCAACUCCCCAUGUCCACACUCAGCACAAACUCAACUAUGGUGUUGACAUUUUUUUUCUCACCUUCAUUUCCUUCAUUUCCUUAUCUCCGCAAAAUGAUGAUUCACUAUUCACUGUUCCGUUCACUCGGUCAACAAACCACUGCCGAAACACUCAAGUCAAACAGGGGGCCAAAAAUGUGAAAGCAUCAACCUUAAAUUCCCUAGAAUCUCAACACAAGCUAACAAAGGAUUGAGCAAAGAGGUAACCUACUGAACGAACAACAUGAAAAUAUAAUAUAAAGAGAGAGAUUUGAUACUGAUGUAGUCGCCUUGAGUCCCCACUGUGAAUUUGGAAGGCUGAGGAUAUCAUUAAAGUAAUUGCUGAGUGUUUUCAGAUUUCUAUUAAAUAUGACCUAUAAUUACUUACAAUAUGAGUGAAAUAGUUUUCUUUCCAAAAUGUUGUAAUUAAGUAUGUUA